AGUGUCGCAGAAGAGAGAGAAAAUGGAGCAGGGAAAAAGGACGGAGGCGAUCAUGACCAAGCGUAACCCAACCCAAUCAAAUUCACGGAUCAUCUUUUUUUCCUCUUUCACUCUCCCCAUCGCUCCCUCUCCAACUUAGAAUUCCAAUUUCAGCUUUCCCAUUAUUAUCAUAUACAAGGAUCCUUCAUUUCGGUUCUACACUCUCUCCUCGGAUCGUUCCUCGGCGACGCGAGAGUUGCAUCUGAUUCACGGCAUGGAGUGUGAGGCGUCGAGAGGAGUUUCAGGUUUUCCGACAACCAAUGCCGGCGAUGAUCUGUACAAGGAGUUGUGGCAUGCGUGUGCCGGUCCUCUGGUUACGGUGCCUCGCCAGGGAGAUUUGGUUUUCUAUUUUCCUCAGGGUCAUAUAGAGCAGGUUGAAGCAUCCACGAAUCAAGUUUCUAACCAGCAAAUGCCUGCUUAUGAUCUUUCGCCGAAAAUAUUGUGCCGUGUGGUUAAUGUUCAACUGAAAGCUGAACUGGACACGGACGAGGUGUUUGCUCAAGUGACGUUGCUUCCUUUAGCUAAUGAAGAUGAGAACUUGAUGGAGAAAGAGGAGGUGCCUUCUACUCCACGUACUCGCGUGCAUUCCUUCUGCAAGACUCUUACUGCCUCAGAUACCAGCACUCAUGGUGGAUUCUCGGUUUUGAGACGUCAUGCUGAUGAAUGUCUUCCUCCUCUGGACAUGUCCAAGCAACCUCCGACUCAAGAGUUGGUAGCCAGGGAUUUGCAUGGAAAUGAGUGGCGCUUCCGCCACAUCUUUCGAGGUCAACCAAGAAGGCAUCUACUUCAAAGUGGUUGGAGUCACUUUGUCAACUCGAAAAAGCUUGUUGCCGGAGAUGCUUUCAUUUUCCUCAGGGGUGAAACAGGGCAACUUUGUGUAGGAGUAAGACGAGCAGUGCGACAUGCAAAUAAUGUUUCAUCCUCAGUAAUAUCAAGCCACAGUAUGCAUGUAGGGGUUCUUGCAACAGCAUGGCAUGCUGUUUCAACGGGGACAAUGUUCACUGUCUAUUACAAACCAAGGACUAGCCCUGCUGAGUUCAUUGUUCCCUUUGAUAAAUAUGUUGAAUCUAUCAAAAAGGAUUAUGAUAUAGGGAUGAGGUUCAAGAUGACGUUUGAGGGGGAGGAGACAUCUGAACAGAGGUUCUCCGGCACCAUAAUUGGAGAUGAAGAAGUUGAUCCCAUCAGAUGGCCUGGUUCUAAAUGGAGAUGCCUCAAGGUGCGCUGGGAUGAAGCGUCUUCCCAUCAUUGCCCAGAGAGGGUCUCCCCCUGGGAAAUAGAGCCUGCGCUAGCUCCUGCGUUAGAUCCUUGUCCACCAUCCCAUCUGAAGAGGUGCCACACAAACAUUUCAGCAUCAUCUAAUAAUUCCACAUUGUUUAUGAGGAAAGGUUCAUCAAAAACAACUAUACAUGCUUCAUCAGACAAUGGAUUUCCUGGAACCUUGCAAGGUCAAAGUCUUAAUGUAUCGAGCCCAUCACAAGACAAGGAUCAGAUAGGGACAGGUUUUGUUAAAAGAAGAUUGUGCUGGGAGGAUGUGUUUCCUCAUGAAAUUAAUAGAGAAAAGAAUAUGAACCUGGCUCCUUGGCCACUCCAAAAACUUGAAUUUAACCCUGGUCUUGAAAGGAAGUUCGAGAAUGGUGUCCAUUUGAAUGAGAACAUUUUAGAUAAGGGAGACACAUUUAGGUUGAUUCGGUGUCCACAAACCAUUUUGAAUUCAUAUCCUUCAAUGAAAAUGUUCAAGUCCAGUGUGGAACCUUCAGUGGAAGAUAACAUGGCAUGUUACCAAGACUCUGUUUAUAUUAAAUCAAGUGCAUGUCUAGAGUACAAUAGACUGCAUGCUUCUGAAGUGCUGAAGCAACCUCAAAACUGGAUGUCACCUCUGUUACCAGCAACACAUGCUGAAGAUUCACCUGUGAAGGUGCUGAAUUCACGGCCUGUAUCUUUACAGCCACAAGAUGUGGUAAAAUCCAAAGAAGAUAACAAGUGCAAGCUUUUUGGAAUAUCCCUCAGCAGCAACACUGGCGAAAAAGGACCAAUCACUCAAUGUGGAAAUUUCAUGCAGAGGCCACAAUGGCAAACAAUUGCAUCAGACCAACCACAGGGCUUGGGUUGUGAUCUAUUAUUGGAGCAAUCAAGAGGUUGUGUGUUUGCUGAGAGUGCAACUGAAAGUGAUAAACCAGGAAAUCCUUCUGGUGACAUUUACGGAGAAAUUCAAUGUGGUUCAUCCAGACGUUUUAUUAAGGUUUACAAGCGGGACAUUGCUGUUGGGAGAUGGGUUGAUCUCACCAAGUUCAGUGGCUAUGAUGAGCUGAGAGCAGCACUGGAUCAGAUUUUUGAAUUUAAUGGUGAAUUAAUAGCUCACAACAGGAAGUGGCUAAUUGUAUUUACUGAUGACGAGGGCGAUAUGAUGCUUGUUGGAGAUGAUCCCUGGCAAGAAUUCUGUAGCAUGGUCCGGACGAUCUACAUUUAUACUCGAGAAGAGGUGAAGAGGAUGGGCACACAGCCUUUCAAUCCAGAUGGUGAAGGAAACGAUUGAAGACCAGAGCACUAGUUUGAGCCUUUGGGUAACUGAAUCCUGCAGUCUUUAGUUUGUAGUUGUAGGAGAGGUUUUAUCUUCCUCUUACAUUGACUAUUGGAGAUUUUCACUUUGAUUUAGACUAUUGAAAAUCUUAAGAGAUAAUGCAUGGAUUCUUGUUUAUGAUAGUGCACUGCGGUACUCAUGCUUAUUUUUA